AUGAAACUAAGUCCGAGAGAAGUGGAGAAACUAGAACUGCACAAUGCAGGGUACCUUGCUCAGAAACGCCUAGCUCGUGGUUUAAGACUCAAUUAUACUGAAGCUGUAGCUCUCAUUGCCUCUCAGAUUAUGGAAUUUGCUCGUCAAGGUGAAAAGACUGUGGCACAACUAAUGUGCAUUGGGAGACAUCUAUUGGGAAUGAGACAGGUUCUUCCAGCAGUUCCCCAUCUCUUGAAUAUGGUUCAGGUUGAAGCUACCUUUCCCGAUGGGACUAAAUUAGUCUCAGUUGAUAAUCCGAUUUCAUGUGAGAAUGGAGAUCUAGAACAAGCAUUAUUUGGUUCUUUUCUGCCAGUACCUUCACUUGACAAGUUUCCUGAGAACAAAGAAGACAAUAAAAUUCCUGGUGAAAUAAUAUGUAAAGAGGAUUCACUAAUUCUUAACCCUUGGAGGAAAGCAGUAAUUCUCGAAGUUGUCAACAAUGGAGACCGACCAAUUCAGGUAGGUAGCCACUAUCAUUUUAUCGAAGUAAAUCCCAGCUUAACUUUUGAUCGAGGGAAAGCCUAUGGCAUGCGCCUCAAUAUAGAUGCAGGGAGUGCUGUCCGUUUUGAGCCAGGGGACUGUAAAAGUGUUAAGCUUGUAAGCAUUGGAGGUAACAAAGUCAUUAGAGGAGGUAAUGGCCUUGCUGAUGGUCCAGUUAACGAAAUUAAUUAUAGAGCAACAAUGGAAGCUGUGUGCAAAAGGGGGUUUGGACACAAGGAAGAGAAAGAUGCAAGUGAAGGUGUUACUGAGGGAGACCCUCAUUGUCCUUUCACUACAAGCAUUUCUCAUGAGAAAUAUGCUGACAAGUAUGGUCCAACUACUGGUGACAAAAUUCGUCUUGGUGACACUGAUUUGUUUGCUGAAAUUGAAAAAGAUUUUGCUCUCUAUGGUGAUGAAUGUGUUUUUGGAGGUGGGAAAGUUUUAAGAGAUGGAAUGGGUCAGUCAUGUGGGCAUCCACCAGAUAUCUCUUUGGAUACUGUUAUCACAAAUGCAGUGAUAAUUGAUUAUACUGGAAUCAUCAAAGCAGAUAUAGGUAUUAAAAAUGGCCUUAUUGUUGCUAUUGGAAAAGCAGGAAAUCCAGACAUUAUGAACGGUGUAUCUUAUAAUAUGAUCAUUGGGGCUAACACUGAAGUUAUUGCUGGAGAAGGGUUGAUUGUAACAGCCGGGGCUAUAGAUGUUCAUGUGCAUUAUAUAUGCCCUCAAUUAGUAUACGAGGCCAUAGCAAGUGGCAUCACAACAUUAGUAGGAGGUGGAACCGGACCAACGGCUGGAACACGUGCCACAACUUGUACUCCGGCACCGACACAGAUGAAACUAAUGCUGCAAUCAACAGAUGACCUGCCUCUAAACUUCGGUUUUACUGGCAAAGGGAGUAGUUCUAAGCCUGAUGAACUACAUGAAAUAAUCAAGGCUGGAGCAAUGGGACUGAAAUUGCAUGAGGACUGGGGAUGUACACCAGCAGCAAUAGAUAGUUGCUUGACUAUUGCUGAACAAUAUGAUAUCCAGGUUAAUAUACAUACUGACACCUUAAAUGAAGCUGGAUUUGUGGAGCAUAGUAUUGCUGCAUUUAAAGGAAGAACUAUUCAUACUUAUCACAGUGAAGGUGCUGGCGGUGGCCAUGCUCCAGAUAUCAUCAAAGUAUGUGGUAUGAAGAAUGUCCUACCCUCAUCAACAAACCCAACACGCCCUUUAACAUCUAAUACUGUAGAUGAGCAUCUUGACAUGUUGAUGGUCUGCCAUCAUCUGAAUAGGGAAAUUCCAGAAGAUUUAGCUUUUGCACACUCAAGGAUAAGGGAGCAAACAAUUGCUGCUGAAGAUAUUUUGCAUGACAUUGGGGCAAUUAGCAUUAUUUCUUCUGAUUCACAAGCUAUGGGUCGAGUUGGAGAGGUGAUAAGCAGAACAUGGCAAACAGCUAGUAAAAUGAAGGCACAAAGAGGAGAACUUCGGUCUGGUGAAUCAUACAAUGACAACUUUCAAAUCAAACGAUAUAUUGCAAAAUACACCAUAAAUCCAGCCAUAGCAAAUGGGUUCUCAAAAUAUGUUGGUUCGGUUGAGGUGGGAAAGUUGGCUGAUCUUGUGAUGUGGAAGCCAUCAUUUUUUGGGGCAAAACCAGAAAUGGUGAUCAAAGGUGGUGUGGUUGCAUGGGCUGAUAUAGGUGACCCAAAUGCAAGCAUCCCCACGCCUGAACCGGUGAAGAUGAGACCUAUGUAUGGAGCACUUGGCAAGGCUGGCAGUGCUAUAUCCAUAGCCUUUGUGAGCAAGGUAGCUUUAGACCAUAAAGUAAAUGUUCUAUACGCACUAAGCAAAAGGGUGGAAGCUGUCAGCAACGUGAGGAAGCUAACCAAACUGGACAUGAAACUCAAUGACACACUUCCAGAAAUCACUGUGGACCCAGAAAAAUACAUAGUUAAAGCAAAUGACGAGGUUCUCACCUGUUCUGCAGCCACCACUGUUCCCCUUUCUCGAAAUUACUUCCUCUUCUAA